AUGAGCAAUGCUUCAUUUUUUGUGAAAAACAUGAUAACAUCUGGUUGAAAAUUUAAAAAAAUUUACGAGAAUAAUCUUAAAUUUAGGGAUAAGCUUGAGAAUUGGCUUAUUUGGUACCAAAAAAUCCCCAAUAUUUUUUUCCAGAAACCUAUUGUCGCCUGGAUAGUCUUUCAUUUUUCAAUCAUUCAAAUCUUCCUGAAAAUUGUCAAGUUUUGACGGAUUCAAUUGUUAUCAAUGGAUCUAUCACAUUUUCUUUGGAGGAUUCUCUAAAUUCCACGGAUUUUCUCGAUUUUUUCUAUUUCUCGAAUUCGACAUUUCAAGAAAGAUUGAAUUCGAUUCAGGAGAUUUUUGGAAAUAUUGUUGUUAUGAAUUCGGAUUUGGAAAAUUUGGAUUUUCCCAAUUUGAGGAGGAUUUAUAAUUUUCAGCGUGAGUUUUUUUGAAAAAAAUUCUGAACUCAUCUGCAGAAAAAUUUUCCAAAGUAAAAUACGUUUCAAAAUGUAACUAGCUUUGAAAAAAAAAACAAUUUUCUUCGAUUUCUACUGCAAAGAAGUCUACAGUACCCUUCUUUGAUAAAUUUUUGCGAAAAAAACUACAGUACCCUUCUACUGUACAAAAAUUCUAAUUUCCAGCCACUUUCCCAGUGAUUCUCCUUCAAAAUAACACACGUCUCUCGGAAAUCUCAUUUCCUGCCUUCGAAAAAAUCGAUUAUUUUGGCGCCUACAAUUCCACCGUACUCUACGCCUACAGUAACCCGCUGCUAAAAUCGUGUCAAGACGCGACGUGUCAAAAUUUGGGUCAAAUAUCGAUUGAUCCUGGCGACACGGAUCCAUGCUCCAAUUUUUCUUCGUCAUCCCUAAAAUCCAAUUCCACGUUGCUGGCGCAAAUUAUAUACACAGAUAUAAUUGAAAAUUCAAAUUCGAAAAGUUUUCAAUUAUUUUUUGUUAUAUAUUUAUGGUUUUACACAAGUUAGCACAUAUGGAAGAUUUUCGAAGGUUUUUGGAUUUUCAUAUUGAUUUUCUUGAUCUUCUUCAGAUUCUUCGGAUUCGUAGGCAAUCAUGUAUUCACUUUCAGGUACCUAAAAAAUAAAAAUUUGGAUUUUUUUUCAAAAAAAAGGGCGGGGCUAAGAAUGCAAACCUGGCACGGUUUAACUUAAAAUUAGUGAACUAGAAUUUUGCCGCCGAAAUUCAGCCUACUGUUACUGUAACCCAAAAGGUUUAAAUGUAUUGCUGUUGGAGAAUGUGGAAUCGAUCUUAACAAGUAUGUUUUAUAUUUAAAAAUCUUGAAAAGUUAUUCAUUUUUUAAUAAAUUUUAGAUGCGAAUCUUCAUUAGAUCAACAAAAAAGAGCAUUUCGUCGACAAAUUCAACUAGCCUUCAAAUAUGAUAUGGCUUUAGUGAUUCAUUGUAGAACGGGUCGAAAUGGAGAUGCUGAAGCGGAAUGUCUUCAAAUUCUGAAAGAGGAAUUGAAUAAACCGGGACAGCACAGAUAUUUGCGAAUUCAUCGACAUUGUUAUAUGGAAAAUUGGGAAAAUGCCAAAAAAUGGAUUGAAAUUUGUCCCAACAUUGUUUUUGGUAAGGAAGCUUAUUUUUCUUAUAAGAAAGAAAAAGAAAAAUACGAUUUUGUGCAAAAACUGCUGCUUUUCUAGGUUUCACACCAGCAGUUUUCAAUUUCUCCGCAAGCCAACUCGAAGCAAUUCGAAAUAUUCCAUUGAAUCGGAUUAUUUUGGAAACCGAUGCUCCGUAUUUCGUUCCAUCGAUGUUCAAAGACAUUUUACAAUGGGUUAAUUUACCAGGAACCGGUAAGCAUUUUAAAAACACUAGAAAUGAGCCGAAAAAUGAAAAUGUGGCAGCCGUAAAACAUAAGAAUCAGUGAAAAGUUGAAUGAAUGAAAAAACAUUACUUCGUCAGUUGCGUGCGGCUGUGCGUCGCGGUUGGGAAACAAAAGGGAUGAUUCACGAACGCAAAAAAAUGUUUUUUUUAACAUCGAAAGAUUAAUUCACAAAAAACACAUUUUAGGUCAAAAUUAGUUUUCCGAGUUUUUCCGCCAAAAAUGAUGACAAAUCGAGAAUUUUGAAGCUUCUGGGGUGAUUUCUAAUGAAAAUUGACCUUGCAAUCCACUUUUCAGAAGUUUGUACUGACUUUUGGUAAAAUAAACAUUUUUCAAUUUUUGUUGAAUUUCGAAAAAGUUCAUAAAAUGAGGUAAAGUAAGCUUACUUUCGUCAGAAAUCAGCCCAGAAGCUUCAAAAUCCUUGAUUUUUCAUCAUUUUUGGCUGAAAAACUCGAAAAACUAAUUUUGACCUACAAUGUUUGCUCUCUACAUUAUUCGACUUUUCGUGAAUUGAUCUUUCAAUGUAAAAAAAAAACAUUUUUUUCGUUCGUGAAUCGCCCUUCUGUUUUCCGACCGCGACGCACAGCCGCACGCGACUAACGAAGUAAUUUUUUUCAUUCAUUCAAUUCUGCACUCGUUUUUUUUUUACCCCAGCCACAUUUUUCAACUUCGACAAUAUUGUGUUUUGUAUUUAGCUGCAAGUGCUGCUCUUCUAAUCGCCAAAGUCAAAAACAUUCCGAUUGGCGAACUCAUGCGACACGCUCUUUUAAAUACGAGAAGAACAUAUUCUUUAUAA